AUGGUGAACCUCCGGUCCCAAAAGCGCCUCGCCGCCUCUGUCGCGAGCGUCGGCAAGCGCAAAAUCUGGCUCGACCCCAAUGAGCAAGCUGAAAUCGGUAACGCCAACUCCCGCACGCACGUAAAGAAGCUUAUCAAGGAUGGCCGCAUCAUCGUCAAGCCUACAACCGUCCACUCACGCGCGCGCACUCGCGACCUCCUUGCCGCGAAGCGCAAGGGUCGUCACACCGGCCCCGGUAAGAGGAAAGGUACUUCUGAGGCCCGGAUGCCCAGCAAGGUUAUGUGGAUGCGGAGACAGCGGGUGUUACGUCGGUUGUUGAGGAAGUACAGAGAGGCGGGCAAGAUUGAUAAGCACCUCUAUCACUCGCUGUAUCAGAAGUCGAAGGGUAACGUGUUCAAGAACAAGCGUGUGCUCAUGGAGUACAUCCACAAAGCAAAGGCGGAGAAGAACCGCACGAAGGUUCUUUCUGAUCAGAUGGAGGCUCGUCGUACUAAGAACAAGGCUGCUCGUGAGCGUCGUGCACAGCGUGUGGCGGAGAAGAGGCAGGCGAUCCUUGCCAUUGAGCACGAGGCACCCGUUCAGGAGUAA